AUGACACGUAAAAGUGAUAAGCCGGCAUUCUAUGUUGUUCAAUUCUUGGACUUGCCUUAUGAAGGUAUUGAUGAUUACGUAUGCGUACCACACACUUGGGUAAUGGUACAUAAAGUACACGAUAUGAAAGCUGUUGUUACCUACCCUACAGGCGAAGAUCCUUCCCUCACAAGAGAUCGCGUUAAAAGAAAGGAAAAAUGCGAUCAUGAGUGGAAAUUUUUUAUGGCUGCCGUCAAAUAUCACUCAAAUAGUUACCAAAAUGCAGAAGCUUGGACAGCGUCAAGAAAUGAUCAUCGACUUUUAGUAGAAAGAGAAACAAGAAAAAUGCCUGAUACGCAACCAGAAUCUGCGCCGAACCUGAAUUCGCGGAAUUCCACUCAAGGUAACUCGUCGAAAUUUAAUGAUAAUCCUCGGAAACCACUGCCGAGAACAUUAAUCACGCGACCAAGUUUACCAGAACUGAACGAACAACUUGAUGGAAAACGGUUUAAACUGAAGAAAGCUGCUAAGCCAUCUAGCGAUUCUGUUACCGACGCUAAUACAGAGUCAAUAAGGGAACAAUCGACCAACAUUCAAGACAACCGAUCAACGAAACUCACUCAGACACAAGAAACUGCUGCUGCUUCCAAAAUUAACUCGAGAACUGAACAAAGAACUCAAACUCAGCGUACCGAGCAAAACAAAGAAGCUCUAAGCUUACCUGUAAUAGACGUUGAUGGACCGCCUGAAGUUAUGGAAAUUGAUGACAGACAUCAUUCACCAGGUAUUAAAACGUCCAAUCAAAACAAUAGCACUAGCCACAGUCACCUUUCUGACACAGCGGCUGUACCAAUGUCAGCCACGAAACCUUUAACUUCAACCGAACGGAACACUCAACCAUAUCAGUAUAAUAAUCAACAACAUAUUCUAGAUAACAGAAAUUCAUUAUCGAUUUUCGAAACACAGUUAGAAAAUAUCCGAUCUCUUGCCAAUGCUCAUAACGAUCACGAACUACGCAGUCAUGAAGUUUCAUCUAACACACCAACUACCUCUCAUAAGGUAAUGAACUCACUUAAAAUACCUGCUCAACUAUGUGAUAAUGUGUAUGGAACAACAGAUUUUGUACAGGCUCGAAAUGCGAUCGAUAAGAAAAUAUGUCGUAGGAAAAUGAAUAGGAAUUUGGAAAUUGUCGCACAGAAUUCGUCGAAUUUAAUGGGACAACCCGGAUCUUUAUCAGCGCGUUCUGUAGAAGAACAAUCAUCAGUAGUUGCUCAGACUCGAUCACAAGAUGGUCCUCGAGUUCGAGAAAUGCACCCUGGAAAUAGCACAGACCAAACAGCUCCGCUUUGGCAGAUCAUAAUCAACUCUCCAGAAAUUCAGCAUACACCGAAAAGAAAUGCUGAAAGUACUAGCAAUACUCUAUUGGCUUCACAAAACCUGCCAAGCUCAUCUUAUAUUCCAUCUACUGGACAAAUUUUAACGAAACCAUCCAAUCCGUUGUAUCAGACUUCCAAAUUUCCACAACAGAGACCGUCACAGUCGAAUCAGCAAGACUCACAGCGACAACCGCAGAUACCGGAUAUACGUACUAGCGUCUCGAACGAACUACAAAAAGAAACGCAAAUGCCUACUCUUCAAGAGGUCAAAAAGAAAGUGCAGUCAUCUGUUCUGUCAAAUUUACUGAAAUCAAUGCAAUCAACGCUAUCAGCUAAUCACAAUGAAUACCUUCGAAGUGAAAAGCAAGCAAGGCUGAGUCAACAAUCUACUGAACAUAAUAAUAGAGAGUUAACAUCGAGCCCGAAAAAUGUCGUAGUAUCAACAACAAGCGAUAAACAUCAACACGUAAUAGACAAUACGCGUCAAACAGGCGAGUGCGUCGUAAAACCUGUGUCACCACAUUAUGCGGUAACUUCAGAUUCCGAUACAGUUACGGAUGAAGGAAUUUUAGACCACGAGUUGUCUACAGACAGAGCACCUGUUGAGAGAAUAAAUGAUAGCACCAGCACUGAAAUCACUCCUGCAAGUAGCUCCGCAGACAGGCCAACAACUGCUGAAAAUUCUACAUCAAUAAACUCUUCUACUGAUGUCAGGUCUUCUUUAGAGCAGGGAAUAUUGAACAACUUUGCUGACCUCUUCACUCAAAUAAGCUCUACUUUGCGUUAUACUACUGAUAUGUACAGCACCUUACGAAGUUCAAUCCUUGACACUGCCCAGACAUAUAAAAAGUUACUAGGUGCAGUCGAACAAUUCAACUCAACGCAAAAUUCAGCCGACAAUAAAUCUUUUUCGAUUAACUCGAAACCAGAAGUCCGAAAGUCUCCUAAAAGAAGACACACUGAAGUAACAGCAAGUACUAGUUCCAUUACUCAAGAUCAACAUAGUAACGACGAUGCUAACGAACCACCGAAGAAAAAAUACAACUCAUGGCGUUUUGUCCUACCACCGGAAUAUGAUCCUCAUGAUACAAAAUGGACAUUGAAGUAUCGGACUAAUCUGCCAGGCCUCAUAGAACUUAGGCCUCAAAGGGGUGUUUGGGUCAGCUACGGAGACCUCAAAUACUGUCAGCAAGUAUCAAAAGAUUGCAAAUCAUUAGCACGACGAUUAUUAUUAGCAGUAUUCAACAGAAAAGCACUGAGUGUUUGUUUAUCAAUUACUGAGAGAGCGCAGGCUUCUGAUAAUGUUGGAUCUAAUGCUAGGCCAGAAUUAGAUGAUCAUGCGUGUACAGUACUGUUAAAUUUUGUUUUAGAGCACGGACUCCAACGUGGUUGGAAUACUGACAUACAACCUAUUCUCAAUACUUUGCACAGUAAGAUUCAAGAGAUUCGAUUCAAAUACGGUGUCGUGGUUCAAUGCCACUUACUAU